CUCUCGCUCGGCACUGCUUCUGGCUCCAGGAACUUGCAGAGCCCUAUGCAUUUCCCUUUACUCGAUCUCGUGGUCAUUCACCAAGAGAAUGAAUACAUGCAAGGAGAGUUUCGUCCCGUUGGAUUUAAUGCCAGGAUUUCCCUCCGAAGCAUGGUGGAAGGAUCACCGUUGUUUAUCCCACAUGUCCCUACGUCAAAACCUUACAGUGAAUUUCACUGAGCACCCACUAUCCCGACUAUGCCUCUCUCACCGCAGGUUGCACAAGAAAUCAGAAGCAUCGUCGAUGAUGCUGUUGUCGACCCUAACCACGUACCCGGAACGACUGUAGUAGUCGUCGACCGCAGCGGCACCGAGCACAUCGCACACUCUGCGGGGAAGCGCGGAAUAUCAUCCAACGAGCCAAUGACCAUGGAAACUGUAUACUGGAUGGCGUCCUGCACAAAAAUGAUCGUGGGAGUCGCAUGUAUGCAGCUGGUAGAGAGGGAUCUCCUCAAGCUGGAUGACUCUGACCACCUGGAGAAGUUGUGCCCGGAACUAGCUGACGUCAAGGUCCUGAGUGUAGAGGGGAAGCUUGUGGAGAAGAAACGAGGGAUCACUCUUCGCAUGUUGCUGACGCACACGUCCGGGUUUGGAUACGCAUUCUUGAACGAGCGAUUGCGAAACUGGAGUCUCCCUGCUGGGAUAGACGAGUUUUCGGGAAGCAUCCAAGACAUGAAGCAACCGUUGGUAUUCCAACCAGGAGAAUCAUGGGAGUAUGGUAUCGGCAUCGAUUGGGCCGGCAUUGCUCUGGAGCGGGCUUCCAACACGAAGCUCAACGAUUACAUCCAGGCCAACGUUUGUCAGCCGCUCAACUUGCGUAGCGUCAACAUGGUUCCGACCCUGGAGAUGAAGAAGGGAUUGGCUUAUAUGCACUCCAGAGAGCGUGGAGGCAACAUCGUCGCUCGGAAACACCCUCUUCAUCUUCCGCUGGUUGUCAAGUCGGAAUUGGAGAACCACGCUUGCUUUAAAAGUGGUGGCGCUGGAAUAUUUGCAAAACCUCGAGAAUACACCCGUACAUCGUUGUUCAAGCUGACUGGGGUCGGACUACAGCGUUGACCGUCUGCAGGCAUAUUAGCGGUCUUUUUGAACGACGGCAUCUGUCCGCUCACGAAAGCCCGAAUC